AUGACUCACUUCUCCUUCGCGGUGAAACCUUCGCCUCUCAACAGCGCCGCGCGCUCGCGCUUCCCCAAGUCCUGCUCCACCGGUUCCGUGGCUUACGGUUCUGCCACGUCAUCGGCUGCCGCACUGUCCCAGCUCGCGUCCCCGUUCGCUUCCCCGCUCGCCUCCCCGUUCGCCUCCCCCCUGGCGUCACCCCGGGCAUCCUCGUUUGCUGCUUCAGCAGCAGCAGCGGGUUUCAACUCGCCUCUCCCCUCUGUAUCAGCUUCCCCGCUGGUUUCCUCAACCAUGCACCCGUCAGCUAAUCACACUCGUUCUUCGCUGCCUCAUCAUGGGGACGACACGGCCGUGCAUGAACAUGACUCGUUAGAGGCUUCCUCGGUUAAGUCACAAGACAGGAUGCGACCCCCUACUGUACCCGUCGCUGGUGGGGAAAAUGUCCGUGCUUUGAAGCCGAAAUUGCCUCCCACGAAGCCUUCAAGUCAAGCCUUGGGAGAUUCUGGAGCCACUCCUACCGAAGCUGCUUCUAUCGAGUACAUUUCUGGAGCUGAGUCCAACGGGAACAGCUUUGAUGAGUUCAUUGUCAGGCGGCGGUUUGAAGUCAUGCCUCUUGACGACAACGACGAGCAGGAAUGUAACUUGGAGAGAAUGGCUUCUCAGGCGCGUCUUGAGGCUGCUAGACUUGCUGUAUUACCCCGCGAUAAGCGAUGCUCGUCCCGUCCCCCUCCCGUCGCCUUCACAUCCCCAUCCCGUCGCCUUCACUCCCCCCUCCCGUCGCUCUUCCCUUUUCCCUCGCGUCACCCUUCCCUUUUCCCGGACCGUCGCGCUUCCCUUUUCCCUCGAGUCGCUCUUCCCUUUUCCCUCUCGUCGCCUUCCCUUUUCCCUCCCGUCGCCUUCCCUUUUCCCUCCCGUCGCCUACCCAUUUCCCUCUCGUCGCCUUCCCUUUUCCCUCCCGUCGCCUUCCCUUUUCCCUCCCGUCGCCUUCCCUUUCCCCCCCCGUCGCCUUCCCUUUCCCCUCCCGUCGCCUUCCCUUUGCCCUCCCGUCGCCUUCCCUUUUCCCUCCCGUCGCCUUCCCUUUUCCCUCCCGUCGCCUUCUUUUUUCCCUCCCGUCGCCUUCCCUUUUCCCUCCCGUUCGCCUUCCCUUUUCCCUCCCAUCGUCUUCACCGAACUCUCCCGUCGCCUUCACUUCCCUCUCCCAUCGCCCUCGCUCCCCCCUCCCAUCGCCCUGCUCAUUCUCCAGUCGCCCUCUCUUCCCCGGCUCACCCUGUUUCCCCAGCUCCCACGCUAGCCCCCGGCUCUCUCUGUCUGUCUCCCCUGCUCAUUCUCUUCGCCGUCUCCCCCCCAUUCCCCCACAACCUCUUCCUCAAGUUUUCCGUUUCCCCCACGCUAAUCCUCCGUUCCCCUGUGCCACCCUUCCAUCUCCCCCACGCCAACUCUCUCUCCUGCGCCAACGUUAAUGGUCCCUUUCCCACACUCACCCCCUCCUCUUCCCCCAUUACCACCCUCCCUUUCCCCCACGCUGACCCUUCCUCCCCGAGGUGCCAACCCGUUCCUCCACGCCAACUCUCCCUUGCCCUCUCGUCAACCAUCCAUUUCACCACGUCGUUGCUCUACACUUCCCCCUCCUGUCGCCUUCACUCCCAUUCUCACUCUCUCCCCUCCUGCUCACGGGAUUCCGAGCCCUCACUCCCAUUCCCCCUGCUCACUCCCAUUCCCCCUGCUCACUCCCAUUCCCCCUGCUCACUCCCAUUCCCCCUGCUCACUCCCAUUCCCCCUGCUCACUCCCAUUCCCCCUGCUCACUCCCAUUCCCCCUGCUCACUCCCAUUCCCCCUGCUCACUCCCAUUCCCCCUGCUCACUCCCAUUCCCCCUGCUCACUCCCAUUCCCCCUGCUCACUCCCAUUCCCCCUGCUCACUCCCAUUCCCCCUGCUCACUCCCAUUCCCCCUGCUCACUCCCAUUCCCCCUGCUCACUCCCAUUCCCCCUGCUCACUCCCAUUCCCCCUGCUCACUCCCAUUCCCCCUGCUCACUCCCAUUCCCCCUGCUCACUCCCAUUCCCCCUGCUCACUCUCUUUCCCCCCCGUCUCACCCAUUUUCCCCCUCCUGGGACUAUUUCCCCCACUUUCUCGGCCUAAUAUUGCCCUGCACACUCCCUUGCUCCUUGCUCACACUCUCCCCUUCUGCUCACACCCUUUUCCCCUGUAAGGGCCUUACGUUCACUGUGCUACCCUGCGCCGCCCUCCUUUCUCAUAGCUACCCUGGUCAUUCUCCCAUCCCUGAUUCACUUGCGCUAACGUCUCCUGCACCGAUGCUCUCCUUUAUCCCACUCCCACCAUCUCUUUUCCACCCCCACCUCCCCCCCUUCUCCCGCAGUCGCUGGUGCACUUUGGCCGGCUGUGAGAGUGGGUUAAGCAGCAUCACCAGCGCCUCUGUCGGAAGGCUCCUCGCCUUCCGACGCCUGCUCUCCACCAACUCCGCCUGGACUGCCAUAACCCACCUCCCGUCCUCUCCCUCCGCCUCAUCUCCUUCCUCCUCUCACUCCUCCUCCUCUUCCUCAUCUCCCCUCACUCAUCUUGUUCUCUCUGGUGUCUCAAUCGCUCCUCCCUCAUCCCUCCCCCUUAGACACCUCCCUAGCCAUCUUCACCCACCUCGACCUCUCCCACUCGCGCGGCGCCACACUUCCUCCUCCUCCGCACCUCACCACUCUCCACCGCACUCCACUCCUCCAGGCCCUCACACCCCGCCCUGCGGCUAG